GCCAACCUGAAGAGGGCGGGCCCGAGAUGCUAUGCCGCCACCAUGAGAGUCAUUGACAUGCGCAGACAAAUACACUUUUGACUGUGGCGAGUUGCGUGUGUGCUUCUCUUGGCAGGCAAGGGCGAUGAGCAGACGCCGUAGACUGGACAUCGAGCAGCAGCUCUCGGCGGAUCACACGCACAGGCACAUCUGCGCGCGUACUUCACCUAGCCCGCCCGCCUGUGCCAAUUCCGCACUCGGACUCUUUCCAAUCUGUAAUCAAGGCCCAACUCAACAUUGUACUGAGCCGCUUCGCCGCCUGAUGCCGACCUGAUUAGCAAGCAAGUGCCAAAGUGCCCAUGUUUCCCAUUUAGGUUGGGCGCCAUGCUCCCACAGACGACUUGCACGUCUGGACUUUGCGUUCGCACGCAUGAUGCUGGGAACUGAUCGCCAUGCCAGCUCUGCAUAACGUCGUCAGUUGACCGGCGCAGAGACCGCUUUGAACGGAACGGAGCGAAAUGCGUAUUGCCCUUGACCGGACCCGCAGUGCCUUCAGUCUGCUCUCUCACUGCUCAAGCGCAAGAAGCCAAGAGCGGAGACAGGAAGGAUCGCCAGCGUCAGGUAUGCAACCGCACCGCUCUCAACGUCCCACAACGCACAUUCUGCUCCUCACCUCCUUGCCCAACGGCAUAAAGAGCAGCUUCGCCUUCAAGCAACGCCCCGAUCACCCACUUCAUUGCCCACAAUCGACGUUGCCCUCCCAAUCUCUCACAACGACCGUUCGUUGCUCCACAUCCUCCUUUACACAAACAACACAUUCAACUGAAGUGAUCGGCAGUCUUCCCCGACAUUGACAUUGCUCUCUCGUCUGCCAUACCACCACUCCACCCCAUCGAGUCCAAGCACAUCUUCGUCACCAUCGGCCCCCAUAUAGCUUAGCACAA